ACUCCCAACGACACCGCAGGGCUCUGCUCACUGCUCACGUCGUCCGUCCACGGGUCCAGUUCGGGUUGACUGAGAUUUCCCGGUCCCUCAUCGCGCGUCAUGUCUUGCGUCCAUGCAUUCGCGCACUUGGCUGCGCUUCUGUCGUAGAAGUCGCACAGCAGCCAGGAUCACCAGCAGCGUCUCCUCUGCCACCGCUUGGCGCUGCCUAGUAGUAGAAGGCGUUUGAGCACCAUCGAAGGAGAAAGGAGUCCAACCUCCACUCUUGGCCAAGAGCGCCGGCGGCAACAGUUGAACGAUCAGGGCCAAGCGGAUUCAUGCGAAUUGGCGCUGCGCGUACUACAUGGCAUUCUAGGCGGAUGAGUGGACGUGCGGGAGCCGCUCAUCGCAUUGUGUGUCGGGUCUGUUUGAAACGCCCUUUGCUGCGGCAGCCAAUUGUUUCACACUGUUUGCCUCUGCAGGGCUGGCACUGAAGCUGCAAGCAUGGCGCAAAUGCCAGUAGACGCGACAGCGUCCGAUUUUCAGCGCAAAAAAGUAAAUCAUCAACGUUAUACUCAAAUUCCCUGGUGGAAAACUUAUACCUGGCUCUACAUCAUGAUGGGCCUUUCGACCUUUCUCAGCGCUUCGCUGCUGGCCCUGCGUCUCUUCAGUCUCGAGGCCGCAGCGAGCCCUGCGCCGUCUCCGCAAGCCCAGGAUGGCUCCGACAGCAGCGUUGCUGCUUCCGACUGGUGGUUCGCCAACAUUGAGCGCACUGGCGCCGUUCCCUUUGGCUCAGCUGGCGCGGACUACCCCGUCUUCCGCAACGUCAAGGACUACGGUGCUCUUGGUGACGGCACGACCGAUGACACCGUGGCUAUCAACGCUGCCAUCACUGACGGCGGCAACCGUUGUGGCCUUGGCUGCGACUCUAGCACCACCACACCCGCCCUUGUUUACUUCCCUCCCGGAACCUAUGUUGUCUCGAGCCCCAUUGUCCAAUAUUACUACACCCACAUGAUCGGCGAUCUCCAGGAUAUUCCGACCAUCAAGUCGACCCCCGAUUUUGCUGGCAUGGCCGUCAUUGACGCGAACCCAUACAGUGAUCAAGGCACCAACUGGUUCACCAACCAGAAUAACUUUUUCCGUCAGAUUCGCAACUUCAAGAUCGAUAUCACUGCGCAGCCCAUGACUACUGGCACUGGUAUCCACUGGCAAGUCGCUCAAGCGACUUCGCUUCAGAACAUUGAAUUCUUCAUGGUCGAGGACUCAAGCGAGGCGAAUGUGCAGCAGGGUAUCUUCAUGGAGAACGGUUCCGGUGGCUUCAUGACCGACCUGAUCUUCCACGGCGGUAACUAUGGUGCCUUCUUCGGCAGCCAGCAAUUCACUGCCCGCAACCUCGAGUUCAACAACUGCAAGACCGCCAUCUACCAGAUCUGGAACUGGAUCUGGAACUACCAUGGCCUCGUGGUCAAGAACUGUGGUGUCGGAAUCGACCUUACAUCCGGCGGCAACUCUCAAACUGUUGGCUCUGUCAUUGUCCAGGACGCGACCUUUUCCGAUACGCCUGUUGGCAUCUCUACCCUCUACGACCCAGGCCAGACCGGCACCAAUGGCACCCUGGUCAUCGACAACGUCGACUUCUCCUCCAACGUCCCCGCUGCAGUGAAGAAUGGUGGAACCGGGGCCACCAUCCUCGAGGGAAACCAGGUGGUCGAGUCGUGGAUCCAGGGCCGCGCCUACACUGGUUCCCAAGGCGAGGCUGUUCAGGGACCCAAGCCUGGACCUAGCAAGCCUGCCGCCCUUCUUGACGACUCUGGCAAGAUGUUCACUCGCAGCAAGCCCCAAUACCUCGACGUCCCUGCUUCCAAGUUUGUAUCUGUCAAGGCUGCCGGCGCGGUUGGCGACGGUCAGAACGACGAUACCGCUGCGAUCCAGAAGACCCUUGACAACCUCGCCGAGGACGAGAUCGCCUUCUUCCCUCAUGGUGCAUACAUCAUCACCGACACUGUCCGCGUCCCUGCCAACAUCAAGAUCGUCGGUGAGAUUUGGCCCAUGCUGAUGGCUGGUGGCAAUACCAACUUCCAGGACCAGGCCAACCCCAAGCCCAUGCUUCAGGUCGGCCAGCCCGGCGAUGUCGGCAACGUUGAGAUUUCCGAUUUUAUGAUUGAGACCAAGGGGCCCCAGCCUGGUGCUAUACUCAUGGAGUGGAACGUCGAGGGCGCCUCCAAGGGCUCCGCUGGCUUGUGGGAUGUCCACUUCCGCGUCGGCGGUUCAGCUGGCACUGACCUCCAGUCGGACAAGUGCUCCAAGACGCCCGAGCAAACGACCCCCGCCAACCCGGAGUGCAUUGGCGCGUUCAUGCUCAUGCAUGUGACCAAGUCCUCCAGCAUCUACAUGGAGAACACGUGGUUGUGGGUGUCUGACCACGAGCUCGACCGCAGUGACUUCAACCAGAUCAACAUCUACAACGGCCGCGGUAUCCUGAUCGAGUCGACCAAGGGCGCAUGGCUGUGGGGAACUGCAUCCGAGCACAACGUUCUGUACAACUACCAUUUGCAGGGCGCUCAGAAUGUGUACAUGACCGUCAUCCAGACUGAGACUGCCUACUUCCAGGGCAACCCCGACGCGACCGUCCCCUUUGAUACCAACCCUGACUUCUACGACCCCGACUGGGCGCACUGCGACAGCGACCGCUGCCGCAAGACGUGGGGCCUGCGCGUGGUCGACUCGAAGGACAUUCUCUUCUACGGUGGAGGCAUGUACAGCUUCUUUGAGAACUACACUCAAGAAUGUCUCGACACGGAGGAUUGCCAGGAGAACAUGGUCGACAUUGUGAACUCGGACAUCAAGAUGUACGGUGUCAGCACCAAGGCUAGUGUCAACAUCAUCUCUUCCAAUGGCGAGGGUCUCAUGACGCACCUGCCCGACAAUGAGAGCAUGUUCUGCGCUACCCUGGCGUUCUUCGAGAUGUCUGGGUCGACAUGAAUAGCACACCCUUUCCAAGCGAAUAGGGACGGCACAUGAGCCCAAGCGCUCACUGGCUGUUGGGAGGGGAAACGACUGCCACUGUGACGGCGAAAUAGCAGUACAGGAUUCACCAGUACUGGUAUACAGAACAUCGACACAGUAGCAGAAUUGUACAUACUUAUGCGAAAGCGAAAUA